AACUACCACAUGGCUGUAUCAAUCCAGAGAGGCCACUCUCAAAUGUCAUCAUGGCACCCCUGGUUACUCUACCGGCACCACAGCAAAAGUCCCACCGGGUUGGUGGCUGGCUGCCCCAAAACUCCAAACUCUUGACCGGCUAUCUAAGAGAACUUGUCGCGGAAGUUAAUCAACAUAAAGACUUCGUUCCUACUGGUACUUUCUUCUUGAGCGAGCCAGUCCGGCAAUUCAAAGAGCUCAUUGAGAGCACUGCAGAACUUCGAAUGCUGGCUUCGGGCAUGUUUGACGAAGUACCCAACAAGGCUCCUUACAAGGAGGAUCCUGUUGAGACCAAACAGAUCCAGUCGUAUCACGAAAUGCUCGAGAUGUUCGAUUUUGUCAUGCAUCGCAAAGCUCCAUCCUGGAAAAGACUCGAGAAUGAAGUUGGCUUAAUUGGAUUCCCAUUUAACGCCAUCUUGGAUUGGCCAAUGGCCACGGCAAGCGGAUAUGCAUUCUUCCUCCGACCUGAAGUUAAUAAGAAGCUCAAGGUUAUCCUCGAUACUUGGAAGACCGAAGUUCUGAUGACUGAGAAAUCUCAAUACGUCAUUACGACCGAUGCAGAUGGCUGGCUGAGCCAAGACUCCCUGAUGCACAUUGAAGACGAAACCAAUGUCACCGACCAAGAGCUGACAUUCCAGCAGAUCUUCCAGUGUGACCCGCAAGGAGACCCUAAGCACUGGGGGUUCAAAUCAUGGGACGAUUUCUUUGUUCGCAAGUUCAGGGAUAUUGACCAGAUUCGCCCGGUUGCUUUCCCAAAGCAGCCAGAGUGGGUUGCAAAUUCGUGCGAGUCUAAGCCCUUUGCCCUGCAGUCAAACGUUCGAGAGUACGACUCUUUCUGGCUCAAGGGUCAAGCAUACUCGGUCAAGGAGAUGCUUUAUGGACACGAAUUCGCAGAGCAAUUCGUCGGCGGCACCGUGUAUCAAGCGUUUCUGAGCGCCACCUCGUACCACCGAUGGAACUCACCUGUGUCCGGAAGAGUUGUUCAUACCGAGGUCGUUGACGGAACUUAUUUCUCAGAGCCUACCAUCACGGGCUUCACCUCUCCUGAGGGCCCCGAUCCCGCUUCCCCUGAUCGCGCUCAGGGCUACAUUAGCCACAUUGCCACGCGGGCCAUCUUCUUCAUUGAGGCUCCGCAGCCAAUCGGGCUCAUGGCUGCCAUGUAUAUCGGCAUGGCUGAUGUUUCGUCUUGCGAGAUCUUGGAGAAGUUCGAUGCCAAAAACCUCCCCGCUAGUGUUGAGAAGGGAGAGGAAAUUGGGUUAUUCCACCAUGGCGGCUCUACCCACUGCUUGCUCUUCCGGCAGGGCGUGAAUCUCGCUUUUGUAAAUGGAGCCAUCCCAGGCAAUAGCAGGAAGAAUUUGCCUAUUCGAGGUCCGCUCGCUGUUGUAUAUUAAUACUGAAAUCGAUUAAUUCUGUCCAAUUCUUGUGGAAUUGCUACAGU